GCGGAGGCGCUGCCGGGCGACCAAUAGAAGCUGAGUGAGCACGUGAACAAGGCAUGGUCCGGCAGUAGCAAUCGAUGCCUUCGCCGGGAAGCGAUUGCGUUGUGGUUAGUUGUGUUUCAGUGGUAGGCGGGAACGCGUGUGAUACUUCGAAAGAACCCAGUGCAUGUAGUGUUCAAUUACGAUAACGUAGUUUACGUUCAAUGACUCAGAGAGAUACAGUAAUUCACCUCGUCGCCGGCGGGGUGGCGGGGACAGUGGGCGCCAUCGUAACAUGUCCACUCGAGGUAGUGAAGACACGAAUGCAGUCUUCUUCCUUCGGUAGCCAUCUGCAUCAGGAUGUAUGCUUGCCGAAGAUUGCAGCUUCUAAUGGUCAUGUUACGUGCCGCACAAUCCAGAGGCGAAAUUUCAACACCCCCUUCGUUAGAUUUUCGACAACACAGGUGCUUGCAAUUGCACCAUGUGGACCGGUGCCUGGAGCACAGGCCAUGGGACUAAUUCAGUGUCUGAGGCACAUCGUGGAGAACGAGGGCCCCCGAGCGCUGUUCAAGGGUCUGGGCCCCAACCUGGUGGGCGUGAUGCCGUCGCGGGCCAUCUACUUCUGCUCGUACCAGCACGCCAAGAGCUUCUUCAACCAGGUGCUCGCGCCCGACAGCGCCAUCGUCCACGUGUGCUCCGCCUUCUGCGCAGGUUUCGUCGCGUCCACGGCCACCAACCCCAUCUGGUUCAUCAAGACGCGCCUCCAGCUUGACUACGCGCGCGACGGGCACCGCAUGACGGCGGCGCAGUGCAUCCGCAGGAUCUACAAGACCAAGGGGGUGCUGGGCUUCUACAAGGGCAUCUCGGCCUCGUACGUGGGCAUCUCGGAGACGGUGGUGCACUUCGUCAUCUACGAGGCGCUGAAAGCGCGUCUGGUGACCCAUAGGCACAGCACGGGGUCUGGCGCGCCCUCCGACAGCAGGACGUCCAGGGACUUCCUGGAGUUCAUGGCCGCCGGCGCCGUCUCAAAGACGGUCGCUUCCUGCGUCGCCUACCCCCAUGAGGUGGCGCGCACGAGGUUGAGAGAGGAAGGUGACAAAUACAAGCGGUUCUGGCAGACAUUAGCAACGGUCUGGCGUGAAGAAGGUGCUCGUGGUCUAUACCGUGGGCUUACAACUCAACUGAUUAGACAGAUUCCAAAUACGGCGAUAAUGAUGGCAACUUAUGAGGCAGUGGUAUACCUGCUCACUCAGUGGACAGCCCCCUCUGUGCAGACGGCUUUCUAUGAACCUGCUGUAGAAGAUCUGAGCCUAUCUGAUGAUGACGAGGUGUCAGGCGUUGGAGAAAGGGCAGUAGUAGUCUCAUCAAGAGCCUAGCUGCAUGGUGCCAAACAGUAAUGCUGGGAGGAAAAUAUUACUUGCAGUAAUACUGCUUUACUGACACUCUUCACUGAUUUUUCUAAUGGCUUUUUGGGCAAAGACUGAUGGUUAAGUCUUGUAUGUUCUCUGCAAACUUGUGAUUGGAUCUGCAGGCAGCCAUGUAGAAAAACAGUUUUUUUUAUUAUUUUCUGACUGAAAGAAUGGAGAUUAAGUGGCUGUGAUAAUGUCUGAGAAAAAGAUACAUUGCACUAAAGUGGCAGUAAAGGGAUGUACAUAAUGUGUACAUAGUGUACAUGAAUAUAUUUAAAUCCUGUUACCAUGUUACAUAGUGUAAAGAAUUCUGGUUAUUUAUUUGUUACUGAGGAACAAUGUGGAUAUCGUGUAGUAUUUUUGUAUUUCUGGUAUAAUUGGGGUCUUGACAGUUUGGGUAUGUUGACAAAAAAGUGUAUUCAGACACUUCCAUAUGACAAGCAGACUACUAGUUAUUAGUGCAUUUAGGUAGGCAGCAUUCCUACACAUGUAACAUAACUGAAUUGUCAUUAGCAAGACUGACCUAACAAACUGAUGCUUGGCAUGUGUUUUGAAGUCAGUAGAUAUUUCACGUUGUACAAUUCAUUGUAAUAGUUUAUUGAAUUUUUAUUAAUAAAAAGCUUUAAAAGUGA